CGCGCACGCAGGGGUUGCCCGCUCCGCCCGCACCCACGCUCCCCGUAGCCUGCGGUCACCCCUCUGCAGCGCCGCAAUAUAGCCCGGCCCGGGGAGAGGGGGCGGUGACCGGACUUGAAAGGCCGGCCUUCGAGUUGAAGGCGGGAAAAUGGCGGAUUCCUCGGGGCGCGGUGCCGGGAAGCCUUCCUCAGGGGGUCCCGGUACUCCUAGUGGCACCAGGACAAAAGGAAGAAGAGCACAAGGUGGAAGAGUGGUCGAGUCCCGGUACCUGCAGUAUGAGAAGAAACCCACCAAAAAGGCUUCUGCAGCAGAUGCAUUAAAGACCAGUGGGAAGAUGCCUGAAGGUGGAAGGAAACCCCACCCACUCCAUAAGAGCAAAGAUGGCUGUAGACUUGGCAAAGGUGACCUGCAGUCCACGUUGCUAGAAGGGCACGGCACAGCCCCGCCUGAUCUGGAUCUCUCGGCCAUCAACGACAAAACUAUGAUGAGAAAGACUCCACAGUUAGAAAAAACAGUGUCCAAGAAAACUGAGUCGACGUCAUUUUCUGCCUCGAGGAAAAAGAGCCCCGAUCUGUCUGAAGCGAUGGAGAUGAUGGAAUCCCAAACCUUACUCCUGACUCUCCUGACUGUAAAGCAGAUGGAGAACAGUCUCGCUCUGUUCGAAGAGAAGGCAGAAAGGAAUUUAUUAGUAAUGUGCGAAGAGAAGGAGAAGCUACAGAGAAAGGCCCACGAGCUGAAGCGCAAACGUCUCCUCUGUCAGAGGAAGCGGGAGCUGGAAGGCAUCCUUGACGCUCAGAUGGAGAUGCUCAGCCCCUACCAGGCCGUAGCUGAACGCUUUAAGGAGCAGUACAAGACAUUUGCAACGGCUCUGGACGCCACAAGGCAUGAGCUGUCCGUGCGAUCGGUCCACAUGGACGGAGACGGGCAGCGGUUCUUAGAUGAUUUGCAGCGGGAAUUGACGACCACCCACCAUCUGCUGGGAGAACUUGGCAUCAGCAGUUCAGAAGAAAAUGGGAAAGUGCUUGACCUGCUGAGUGAACUCAAGGAAUUGACACGAAAGAAGGAUCUGGAGCUCCGAAGGAGCUUUGCCCAGGUGCUGGAACUUUCCGCCGAGGUGAGUAAAGAGGCAGCCUUAACCAACCAGGAGGUCUGGGAAGAGGUCCAGGGCCCCACAGCCCCCACCCAGUGGUAUUUCAAUCAAGAAGGCGCCUGCGGGGAGACUCAGGACGAGGGCAGGGGCCCCCUCCUCUACAGCAACGAUGAGCCACGUGCGCAGUGAAUCCACGCACAGCCCGUGCCCCCAACCCAAGUGGGGCCUUCCUGCAAACCGUCGGGAAGAAAGCACGUCCUGUGCCGCUGUUCAGGGCACAUGUGUGCCAGAGUGGCACAUACGUGAUAUUCUGGAAACCUGAGCACUUUAUACACUUAAUUUAGCAAUAUGGCUAUUUUUGUUUGAUAAUCUCAUUUGAUUUUUUUUUUUGUGAAGAAGACUAGCCCUGAGCUAACAUCCGAUGCCAAUCCUCCCCUUUUUUCUUGAGGAAGAGUAGCCCUGAGCUAACAUCGCUGCCCAUCUUCCUCUACUUUAUAUGGGACACCGCCACAGGAUGGCUUACCAAGCGGUGCGUCAGUGCGCACCUGGGAUCCAAACCUGCGAACCCUGGGCUGCCGAAGCGGAGUGCACGCACUUAACUGCUUGCGCCACUGGGCCGGCCCAUCGUUUGAUAUUUAAAAAAUAAAAGUUUUGCAAUUGA